AUGGCAUCAGUACAAACGCAAGCCAACGGCAAUGGCACCCCAGUGCGGCCAGCACAAGCCGAGCAGGAAGGCGCAAAAGAGAACAUCUUCCUAUUCAUUCCAAACCUGAUUGGUUACUCGCGCGUCUUCCUCGCCCUGAUCUCGCUCUACUACAUGCCCCUCCACCCACGCACAUGCACGCUCCUCUACAGCAUAUCGUGUCUACUUGACGCGCUCGACGGAUACGCAGCCCGCUCAUACGAACAGAGCACCAAGUUUGGUGCGGUGCUGGACAUGGUGACGGACAGGUGUACGACAACAUGCUUGCUCGUCUUCUUGGCGCAAGCUUUCCCUCGCUUCAGCAUCGUGUUCCAGGGCCUCAUUUCGCUGGAUCUGGCCAGUCACUAUAUGCACAUGUACGCGACUUUGAGCAUGGGUGGCAGCGGCCAGAGUCACAAGAAUGUGGACGAGAGCAGGAGUUGGUUGAUGAAGCAAUAUUACUCCAACAACAAGGUUCUUUUCACCCUGUGCUUCAUGAACGAAAUGUUCUUCAUCGCCCUCUACCUCCUCUCCUUCAGUUCUCCUCUCCUCUCGCCCACCCUCUUCUCCGACCUCAACAACCCAUCCUCCAUCCAACCUGGCUCGCCUGCCGCUCCCAAACCCUCCAUGUUCUUCGCUAGCCCGUUCUCUGCGGCAGCCAUGGAGAUGGCUCGUGCCAACAAGAUGGAUUCCACGGUUCCGUGGAUCUGCAUGCUUACCUCGGCCCCUUUUAUGGCUAUUAAGCAAUGGAUAAAUGUUGUGCAAAUGGUCAAAGCGAGCCAGUGGCUUGCUGAGGGUGAUAGGGAGGCGAGGAGGAAGGCGGGUCUGCCUAGGAGGGGUGGUGCGAAGAAGAGUCAAUAG